UUGUUGUUUUCCAGUUAUUAUGUACGGUUAUAAUCUGGUUGUAAUACAUGGGUUGGCACGUAUGACGGAGGCGUGUCUUUGCGUCACGCGUCGUUACGCACACAUUAGGACCAGAGAGAUCCGAGGCGGAAUUUAAAGGAGUUUCCAACGAUUAACUGCUGCUAAAACUUCUGUAAGUGCUCGGGUGAGUACAUUUGAAAACUUCGGACAAGGUAUAGGGCUCGGACCAUGACUCUGGACGAAGAACCGUCGGGCACAGAGGAUCCUCACCACCCUCUCGUUCUGCACAGGAUCAAGAAAGACGAGGAGGUGUCUUGGAGAACCUCUGCAACGCGCCAGAUCCGCGGCCACUGCUCGUGCACCAAGGACAAAGCCCGGGCCAAACUCCUCGGGUUCUUCCCCAUCCUAAAAUGGCUGCCUCGUUACCAACUCCGAGACUGGAUACUGGGCGACGUCAUGUCGGGGGUGAUCGUUGGUAUCCUAUUGGUCCCCCAGUCCAUAGCCUACUCCCUAUUGGCCGGGCAGGAACCCAUAUACGGCCUCUACACCUCCUUCUUCUCCGCCAUCAUCUAUGCGUUUCUGGGUACGUCCCGGCACAUCUCGGUGGGGAUAUUCGGGGUCCUGUGUCUGCUGGUCGGCCAGGUCGUGGAAAGGGAACUGGCUGCGGCCGGAUACCCAUCUGAUACUGUCCUAGUCGCCGGUGGUGGUUACAACACCAGUGCCGCCCUGCUGGUUGCUCAGGGGAAUAGCAGCCUGGGGCGAGCAUGUGAUAAAAGCUGCUACGCCAUCGUGGUGGGUGCCACGGUUACCUUCACUGCUGGGGUCUACCAGCUGCUGAUGGGUCUCCUCCAGGUGGGCUUCGUGUCCGUCUACCUGUCCGACUCCCUGCUGAGCGGCUUCGCCACGGGGGCCUCCCUCACCAUCCUCACCUCCCAGCUCAAGUACCUGCUGGGGCUGAGGAUCCCGCGGCCGCAGGGCUGGUUCACCCUCAUCAAGACCUGGUACGCCCUGCUCACCAACCUGGCAGACACCAACGUGUGCGACCUGGUCACCAGUCUGGUCUGUCUGCUGGUGCUGGUGCCGUCCAAGGAGCUCAACGACCGCUUCAAGGCCAAGCUCAAGGCGCCCAUCCCCUUCGAGCUCUUUGUGGUCAUCCUCGCCACGCUCGCCUCGCACUUCGGCCGCUUCCACGCCGAGUACGGCUCGGGCGUGGCCGGCGCCAUCCCCACGGGCUUCCUGCCGCCGCAGCUCCCGGACUGGUCGCUCAUCCCCAGCGUGGCGCUCGACGCCUUCUCCAUCGCCGUGGUGGGCUUCGCCAUCACCGUGUCGCUGUCGGAGAUGUUCGCCAAGAAGCACGGCUACGCGGUGGACGCCAACCAGGAGAUGUACGCCAUCGGCUUCUGCAACGUCCUGCCCUCCUUCUUCCGCUGCUUCACCACCAGCGCCGCGCUCACCAAGACGCUGGUGAAGGAGUCCACGGGCUGCCAGAGCCAGGUCUCCGGGCUGGUCACCGCCCUCGUGCUGCUGCUGGUGCUGCUGUUCAUCGCACCGUUCUUCUACUCCCUGCAGAAGUGCGUCCUGGCCGUCAUCAUCGUGGUCAACCUCCGCGGCGCCCUGCGCAAGUUCGCCGACGUCCCGCGCAUGUGGCUCGCCAACCGCAUCGACGCGUGCGUCUGGCUCAUCACCAUGGCGACCUCGGCGCUGGUCAACACCGAGCUGGGCCUGGCGGUCGGCGUGCUGGUGUCGGCGUUCUGCGUGCUGGGGCGCACCCAGCGGGCGCAGGCGGUCGCCCUGGGCCGCUCGCCGUCGGGCCGCGAGCUGUACGAGGACCCGCUGGCGUACGAGGGUCUGCGGGCGCCCCCCGGCGGGGUGGCGGUGUUCCGGUACCAGGCGCCCGUCUACUACGCCAACCAGAGCCUCUUCAAGAGCAGCCUGUUCCGCGCCACCGGCCUCGACCCCGUCGAGGAGAAGGCUCGCCGCCGCAAGCUGGAGAAGAAGAAGAAGAAGGACGGGGGCAACCCGGGAGAGGCGGCGGCGGCGGCGGCGGCCGCGGACGUCGCCGCCCUGCGGAGGUCCGACGACGCGGAGAACGGAGCCGUGGGUGAAGAGGGAGCGGGGGAGCCGGACGCCGGCGUGACGAAGGUCUUGAUGCCCGCGGGGAAGCGAAAGGAGGAGACGGCGGCGGCGGCCGGGGGCGUCCACAGCGUGGUUCUGGACUGCAGCGCCGUGCUCUUCCUGGACACCGCCGGCGUCGACGCCCUCAAGGAGGUACGUACGGAUUACCAGGACCUCGGGGUCCGACUGCUGCUGGCCCGAUGCAGCGCCUCGGUCCUGGACACGCUGGCGAGAGGAGGCUACAGCCCCCGGAACACGGACCGAGAGGAGCCCGUGUUCUUCUCCAUCGGGGACGCCGUCCGCUACGCCCAGAAUGUCUCCAACGGCGGUGAAGAUAAGUGUGACACCUACUGUUAGCAGAGCUUCUGGAGGAGCGGCCUCCUUCAUUCUGAGGGGCCUUAUGUCUCCCAGACAUAGACGCCGCUUUGGCCAAGUAUGUCCAAGACUCAGCCUAGUUUUUUUAGUAAGUGCCUUGAAGAUGGGCAGCUGUAAGUUAACCCCCUGUACCUUUCCUGCCGUCGUCAUGAGGCAGGUCAAACUGACCCCAGUACGUAACCGUAAAACGUAGAUCAGAUGCCACCCCCCUCCAAUGGUACUUGAAGCAUUUAUCAUUCAAGGAAUGAAUCAGAAACCAAAUCAUGCUGUUUUUGCAGCGCUGCACUUCGCACGGUGCACCUCAAUGGGGAAGCUUUAAGAACGUAAUGACCGUGGAGCCAAAUGGCUGCUUAUUAUGUUGGCCGAGCGGUUAAAAGGUUUGACGCUUUAAUGCCGGGUAUGUCUGUCCAAACCCCUGCCAUUAAAUAUAUUUUUUGUAAAUGUUUCCUACUCAGAAGAAAAUGAAGAAUGCAAAAUCCAAUCAGAUUAUAGAGAUUUAUAUAUAUAUAUAUAUAUAUGGAGAGAGAGAGAGAGAGAGAGAGAGAUAUAUCUACUAACGUUCUUGCACGGCUUGGGACUUACAAAUGUUUCUUUCCUUCUGCGUUUACGGGAAUGCUGCUAGACUAUAUAGCUUUAAUGGAGGAAUUCUCUCCAAUACAUAUUUUAUGCAAUUUGGUGGAAGGCAUCUAUGUAGCAUCAUUCUGUACCUGGGCUUCCUGGCUUUGUCCCAUAAUCCCUUGCAGUCAGUCCAAGCUUUACAUGAUCACAGAGGGGUACAGUCAAGUGGAUUAGGGGUUAUUUUUCCCCAGUCAAAUGGUUCUGGGUUCCGUGGUCAAGAUGCCCUAAUCCCUAGCUACUUCUUAACCGGUUUCGGCCGGAUUUGUCUGGGUUUACACAAUGGUAAUCAAAAUCGGUUGCACCACACAAACAAGUUGUUAGUAGUUAUUAAAUAUCAGUGUAAAUUGUGGCAGUCGGUGCAGUUGGUAGUGGCAAUAGGUGCAAAAACUACAUUUUAAGAUGCUAAUUUGUAACAAACUAAUGCAUAGCUGGUGCAACCUAGUGCAGUGCUCUAUCUGAAUUAACUGCAAUUCAAUUAUGGUAAAAAUAUGUUUCAUUAAUGUAUUGUAACUGUCAGGGUAUCUUCAGAUUAUGUGUCUAGGACUAGAUCUGGGGUGAGGCCCUUGGCCCUUGUUACUGAGGUCUGGUAAUCUGUCGCCAUCAUGGUUCAAUCAAGCACAAGUUUGUUUACUUAAUACUGUUUGCUCUGGGUGACAAUGUUACUGAUAUGCCUUUUAUUGUACUUGACUGUACUGCUGCAAAAGCUAGCCACACAGCCCGUCUCCCUCUAUGCGUUAGGGUGAGGAGGUGUCUCUGUGAACUCAUUGCUACAUGAGAUAAAUUAGCAGUACAAGCUACAUGAGAUUAAUUAGCAGCACACUUCUGCUACUAGUGCCUUUACCUCCUCUCACUUUCACGCUAGUCAAACUAAAUGGAAGUUGUUCUUUCAUUCGGGUUAAGCUUGAUUUAAAUGUAUUUCCUUGUUACAUUCUCUUUACAAUUGUAAAUGUUACUGAAUACGUUUGCCUUUUGAAUGAAGUUUAGUUGUUAAGUUCAAUCAGUCGAAUAUACAGUUAAAAUGGUCAACUCUUAAGUUAUAAGGUCAGGUCUGAAGUUAAAAUGUCUAUGGGCAUAGGACAGAAGGAGAGGGAAAAUGAUUCCUCAGGGGGCAGCUUUCUGCUUGAUUAUCUCAAUGUAUGUAGAGUAGCUUUAAUCAUCUUAGCUUUUUUGCUUUUAUUUGACAGUACUUUGCCCAGUUAUUUAAUUCAAUCAGUUUGGCUAAAUACUUAAUAAUAUAUGUUUUAUGUGCAUACCAAAUCCAUGCAACAAGAAACUGAAGCUCGGACAAUCUUUUGUUAUGUAAUUAUAUAUUGUAAACACUUUUAUCAACCAAAAGUCUGUUGUUUAUUAUCCAAAAACAUAAUUGGAUGCUCUCUUUUAGAGUGAGAAACCAAGCUUUUUUCUGUUUUGCUGUUUUGUAUUUUUUUUCAACGAUUCUUUUAGAAUUGUACAAAGCAGACACGUACCACAAGGCAAUGCAGACCUGUAGUCUGUCCAUACUUGCUGAUUAUGGUUCCACGUUCACGCAACGCAAUGACCACGCAGACGCUUCGAUGCAGUCGUGAACCUUAUGGUUCUGCGCCUGGGUUUAGAAAGCGGACCAAUCACAGCCUUUGCUGCUGGGUCGCCUUGACAGAAGGAUACGUUUUUUGGGAGGCGCAUGUCUGGCCCUUGCGGUGGACUCGAUGAGGGUUUUGAAGGACGUAAGGGGUCCCCCUUAACCCCCUUGCGUUGCGUGAACACGGGACCAUAAUCAGCCCUUUGAUCAUCAUCCUUUCUGGAACAGUCUUUGAUGUCGGGUCCAAGAUGGCUGGCCCCUGGACCUGGUAGAGCAUAUCCAAGGUUCACCGACCAGAAACCAGAAACAAGUGUUUUUGAGUGUUUUUGUGUUUCUGCGUGUGUACAUGUGAAUGUGUGUUGUCUCCUUUAUAGCCUUUUAAUUUAUAGACAUUCUGAUCUCGGUCUAAAUCUGCAAGUACUCUUCAGGUGUAGUUGAUUGGAUCAACAAGUCAGCUUCAAAGUACAAGUGCUUUAAAGUGAGUGUGUUUUUUGUCUAUUGUUGGCUUUGUGUGUACAGUCCGACUUAAAUGGAAUGGAAACGCAAAGUCCAUGUGGGUUGUCCAAACACAUGAGUGUUUGAGGUGAAGUUAAACAUUACAUGCUGUGUGAGUGUGUUUGAUCAAAAACCAUCCAUAACUGACAGCUGAUAACACUAAACAGGGAGUGGCCUUACAGUGGUAGUGAGUUUGGUCUUUUGGUGCUCGGGUCAAAUCACAAAGAGGUCAUGAAAUAACAAACUGGAUCGGAUUGAAUAUUACUAAUGCACACACACACACACGCACACACACACACACACACACACUGUAUGUGUUUCUCUGCAAUAUUUAAUGCAAAGCAAGCAGAAUCAUAAUACUGUACUUUUAAUUCUAAGUGUAAUUAUUUAAUCAGGGAAUACCCUUUCCUAUGUUUUAUUUUUUAAAAGUCAUAGAGUCAGACGGUGAAUGCUGGAAUCCAUAUCUAGGAUGUGUUAUAUGUGCAGUUCGGAACGUGUCAUUGGCUGUUUGUAUUCUUUGUUUGUUUUCACCACCACAAGUUACCUAGUGUCACGUUUUUAGAUGGCGCUAAGACAAAAAAUAAUAUUCACAGGCUGAAGAGCAAACUCUUUUAACACUAGACUGCCGCAUCCAUUUUGUAAACAUAAAAUCUAUCUGCAAUAGUUAAUUGCAGUUUGUUCAUCUUUUUAUGGAAUUAUAUUUAGUACUUUUUUGGUAUUGAUUCAUUUUUUACUCAGAAUUAUGUAUUUUGCAAUCAAUCAACUAUGGGAUUUAAUAAUCUUAAGUGUUGGAGGAACUUGAUAAGCUGUUGUCAAAUAGUCCUACCAGACAUUAUUUGUGUUGAUGUAUGUGGGUGUGUAUUUGUGGUGUAUAUGGAUCUGUCUUUGAAGUGAUCAAUCUGCAAAUAAAUAUAUUUACUUAAA